CCCCCGAUCUCGUUGCUCAUUCCCAGUAACAACGUUUGACGCCUGCUCGCUCUGCACUCAAUGGCUUCCCCAUCUCCCUUCCUCUUCGACACCAACAGCUACCCGCCCAUCGACACCUCCUUCACACAAUACGAUCCCAUGCCUGGUGAAGACAGCCUGCAGUUCCCCUCCUCUUACGGCAUCAACCAACACUUCUCUACCCAGGGGCACUAUGCCACAGGCCCCACGACCCACCACCACCUCCAACAUAUGCCGAUGGGCCAUAGCCCCAUGCCCGCUAUGAGCGGCAGCAUGGCUCCUCUCAACAUGCCUUCUGCCGGCGCUUAUUCCCUCCAGGCAAUCAACAUGCAGUCGAGUGGGGUGGGCGGCGGCUUCCAACAACAGCUGUUCGGUGACCACACCCCUCCUCCCUUGUCGGCCACCUCCUCCUCCAGCUCCGACUCUCUCCAGACAACCGUCUCCAUGUCGGACAUCAUGCCUCCUCCCUUGACCAGCGGGUCUGAUUCUUCUAUCACUCCCAUGUCUCCCACCCCCUCGUUUGACGAUGGCAUGUCCCGCUCACCUUCCCCGUCGCCUCGGAUCCCCAGCCGCGCACAUCUCAAGCGUGAGGCGACGAUGGUCAGCCUGCAUCUGUCGCAGCAAAAUUCGCCGAGCAAGAAGCGCAAGUCGUCGAUGAAUUCUCACCAACGGGGUAAAUCCUCCAACUCACACCUUCCACCAGUGAUUACGAAGCCCGCUGAUCCUAGUGGGGCUCGGAUCACUUGUGCCACUUUUGUCUGGCCGGACGUGUCCGGUUUGUCGAAGAAGGACGCCAGGCUAGUCAAGAACCGUGCGGCGGCAUUCUUGUCAAGGCAAAGGAAACGGGAAGAAUUUGAGGCGAUGGAAAAGCGUGUCGUUAAGAUGGAAAAUGAACGCAAGGAGAUCGAGGCGAGCGUAUCUCAGCGCGAGGCUGAGCUCGCAAGCAUCCAGGACAUGAAGGACCGCUUAUCCAAGGCGGAAGCUCGUGUUCUGGUCGCUGAAAACGAGCUCGCCAGCAAGGAGAAGGUAUAUCUGGCCGAGAUCGCUCGCCUUCGGGGUGAAAUGGGUGUAGCACCUGUCAACAUCCAACAAGCAGAUCUUGCACGGCUCGCAGUCCUCUUCUCCCUAUCGGCGCUUUCGAAUGGGUCGAGCAGUUCUCAGAUAGCGGUCUCGGCGAACUUGCCUGCCUCUGUCGUAGGAGAAGUUGACCUGAGCCUCGGCGAGAACAGGCCGAUCAACGUCGAUCUCCAGGCUGACGAGGACAUGGACGCCGAGGGCGAACCAGAAGCUGGGACUCCUUCGGCCAACAUGCGUCUCACCCUGCAACGACCGACUCAGAUGAUCGCAACUCGUCGUUCACGCGCUGCCUUGGCUGCCUCAACCAAGGAGGCUCGCUUCAGCGGCCAACUCGAGCUCACUGCCUCCCCCGCCGAUGGUGCUCAACGAUGGGGAUUCAAGCUCUCCUUUGGCCAAGAGGCCUAAACUCCUUUCGACUCUUUUGCGAUCUCUUCUAUCGUUGUACCAACUGGCUCGGCGGACCAAUAGCACAACCAAAAAUGUAGGCGAAGACAAGUCUCGCUGACCAACCGAUUGACUGUAUACGGAAGGCGCCGCGCGUGUGUAACAAUAGUUUAGUCUUUUGUUUUUUCUUGGUUCUCGGGAUGGAGACACGGACUCGACAUGAAUAUGCAUGAUCUUCAUGUGCACCACAACGCUCCCUUCAUCGUGUUUCCUCCUUUAGGAAUUGGCAUAGACGAGGAAUGCAAUCGAAUUGCAGUGAACAGGAAUUACUCUCGAUACGGAACCCGGCAGGGAUGGCCGCGGUCCGAGUGAACGAAUUUACCUGACAGUUGCCAUAUGCGGGUCCACCCGAGGUUCGCCCGGAUCUCCCGGAAAGACUUAUAUCAUUUCUUGCGGUGCGCAGCGAGCGAGGCAAUAUCCAUUGUUUCGACCUUUGCCCGGACACUUCCUGAACAGACGAGAGGGCCUGUGACCGUCUUGGUCGUACGGGUAUUGAUGAAUGUGCGGCAAUGACAAUAUCAGGCGA